CAGACACCUCGUGGAUGGAUUAACUGGAUGGUGGCUGCUGUUGCCCUGUGCUACAAGUAGCUUUCAGCACACACCUUGAAUUCUCCUGUCCAUGCUAGGCACAUGGAGCUGAAGGAGACCACCCGUGAUCACGCAGGAGUGCACAAUUUGGCCUACCAGGAGAAUGAAUAUAUCAAUAUGGAGAGUGAUCUGCAUGAAAACAAACAUGACUCAGCAGCUGAGGAACAACCACACUUAAAAGGGCCUUUAGAAAAGAAAUAUGAUAAAGCCUGUGAUUUUUGCAAGAAACAUAAAACCAGAAUUAACUAUGUGAUCUAUGGAAUAUUAAUAACAGCUUACUUGGCAGUAGUUAUUGCGGCCUGCAGCUUGAAUUUUCAGAGGGCCUUUCCUCUCCUCAUCAUUACUGUCCUAGCUGUCUUCUUCAUCUGCUGGGAUUUUUUAGUAGCGAAGUAUGAAGACAGAGUUGCUGCAUUUUUUUCCCCUGGAAAAAGAUAUUUGGAGAAACAGUGGUUUUGGCUGAAAUGGGUGCUGUGUGCAGCUCUUCUCAUAACUAUCAUCCUCUGGCUUGUCUUUGACACAGCAAAACAGGGAUCCCGCCAGAUGAUCUCUUUUGGUGGGCUUGUGAUGUAUGUUGUCCUGAUGUUUAUCUUCUCCAAAUACCCAGCCAGAGUUGCUUGGAGACCAGUAUUUUCAGGAAUAGCAAUGCAGUUUAUUCUUGGAAUUCUUAUUCUGAGGACCAAAGUGGGGUUUGAUGUAUUUAACUGGCUAGGAAUUCAGAUCCAGACUUUUCUGGAGUACUCUGAUACAGGUGCUAAGUUUGUGUUCGGUGAAAAGUAUACAGAUCAUUUAUUUGCUUUUAAGGUCCUGCCAAUUGUGGUUUUCUUCAGCACAGUAAUGUCUAUGCUGUAUCACCUCGGAAUCAUGCAGUGGCUCGUUGGAAAGGUUGGCUGGAUAAUGCACAUUUUUAUGGGGACAACUCCUGUUGAGUCUUUUGUAGCUGCUGGUAACAUAUUUGUGGGACAGACAGAGUCUCCUCUCCUGGUACGGCCCUAUUUACCAUACAUCACCAAAUCUGAACUCCAUGCAGUCAUGACUGCAGGAUUCUCCACUAUUGCUGGAAGCGUCUUAGGAGCAUAUAUUUCUUUUGGGAUUUCUGCUUCCCACCUACUGACUGCUUCUGUCAUGUCAGCACCAGCAUCAUUAGCAACCUCCAAACUGUUCUGGCCAGAAACUGAAAAGCCUCAAGUAACUUUGAAGAGUGAUCUUAAAAUGGCAAAAAGUGAAUCAAAGAACCUGCUGGAGGCAGCCAGUCAAGGUGCAUCUAGCUCCAUUCUGCUGGUGGCAAACAUUGCUGUGAACCUGAUCUCCUUCCUUGCCCUGCUGGCUUUCAUUGACUCAGCCCUCUCUUGGGUGGGCAAUCUGUUUGACUAUCCACAGCUGAAUUUCGAGAACAUUUGUUCAUAUAUCUUCAUGCCAUUCUCCUUCAUGAUGGGAGUAGAUUGGGAAGACAGCUUUAUUGUUGGUGGACUCCUAGGUUACAAAACUUUCUUCAAUGAAUUUGUGGCUUACGAACGCCUCUCAAAACUGAUUAACAACCGAGAAAAGGGUGGGAGCAUGUACAUUAAUAAUGUGAAACAGUAUAUGACUGUCCACUCUGAAACAAUUGCCACCUAUGCGCUUUGUGGAUUUGCCAACUUCGGCUCCCUGGGACUGGUAAUAGGAAGCCUGACAAGCCUUGCUCCUUCAAAAAGAAAGGAAAUAGCCGGUGGUGCUUUCAGGGCUAUGAUUGCUGGAACUGUUGCCUGUUUCAUGACAGCCUGUAUUGCAGGAAUGCUGACUGUCCCUGGUGUGGACGUCCCCUGCCACAUUUUAUUACCAAAAGCCUUCAACUCCACAAGUUUCCCUGCCAACAGCACAGAGGUACUCAAAUGCUGCCAGCAGCUCUUCACCAGUGCAAACAAUACUCAAGAGAGCUUCCUUGGAGGAAACUACAGCCUGAGUUCCUGGAAAGGAUGUUGUGAAAUACUGAAUCAACCUACUUUCAAUUGCACUUGGAUUAAACCUUGACUUGGGGUGG